ACUGCAUCGGUCGAGCCUUGACGCGCCCGCGAGACACCACCGAUUUUCCGAGUCCACGCAGCAGUGCACACCACAGCGUUAUUAUAUAGUACCGAUCGCGUCGUGUUUAGCCAGCUUCGAUUGCGAUGUAAACGCAACCCCGUGCUUGCUGCUACCCACGUCAGACCCGCGCGCGCUCGUUUAGAGUUUUUGUUUUUUUAUUUUUGUUUGUUAUUUUCAAUUAAACCGUUUUAAUACACACGCGCAACAUGGAAGCGGACGACCCGCGACUGGCCGACGAGUACGUCCAAGAGUUCGUGCUGGACCACCUGGACACGACCGCGGCGACGGUGAAGCGCGAAAUCCCGUCGGCCGACUAUUACCACCAUCACCACCAGCACCCGGAUCACCACAGGACCCGUUUGCCGUCGAUGCCCAUCACCGGCGGCGGCGUGGCGCUCGUCCAGUCGCCGCCGCCUCAUUAUCUGCUUACGCCGCCCGGAUGCGAACAGGAGUACCCGGCGUCCCACCACCAUCACCACCAUCACCAUCCGAACAUGGUGAUCCACGGUCACGCGGCCGCCGCCGCAGCCGCCGCCGCCGCCGCCGCUGCAGCCGGCGUGCUCAUCACCGCCAACGGCGCCGUCAAAGUGUCCGCCGACGGUUCCAUGAUAUACCCGAACACUCCCGGCACGCCGCCGGACACGCCGCCCGUCAGCUCGUCGCCGCCGCCGGCCACUCCGAUCCGGCAGCCGGGCUUCAUGGAAGACAUGACGUCGUGGCUGACGCAAUCGCUGCGGCAGGGACAAGAGCCGUUGGACCUGAGGCCGUCGUACGCCGGCAGCGAAGAGAUGCAACAGCAACAGCAACAACAGCAACAACAGCAACAACAACAACAACAACAACAGCACCAUCACCACCAACAGCCGGCGGCGGUGUCCGUGGCCGAGUGGAACAUGGCGCAGCAUCAGCACGCCACCGUCAUACAGCCCAGCAACGGGUCGUCGUCGUCGUACAGACGUCACCACCAGGACGAGAUGAGCCCGACGUCCAGCGGCGGCGGCAUGAUGCACCACGGCGGCCACCAUCACCGGUCGAUGAGCGUGUCCAGCGGCAGCGUGUUGUCGCCAAUGAGUUCCCGGGGAGGGUGUACCCGCAGCGGCGGCUCGUCCGACGACCUGAUCAACGACGACCUGCUGCUGCAGCUGCCCGUCCGCGACCUCAACAAGCGGCUGCAGGGCAUCUCCAAGGAGGAGAUCGCCCGGCUCAAGCAGAAGAGGCGGACGCUGAAGAACCGCGGGUACGCGCAGAGCUGCCGCACCAAGCGCAUGAACCAGCGCAUCGAGCUGGAGAACGCCAAUCAAGCGCUGUUGGCCGACCUGCAGAAGGUGAAAAUGGAGCUGGCGAGGAUCAUGCAGGAGAGGGACCUGUACAAGCAGCGGUGUUCAACGUUGAGCGCGGCCAGGGAGUCGAUGAACGCCGGCGGCGGCGGCGGCACCAACGCCAACAACCCCAACAACCCUACCGAGCUCUACCUGUGACAGAGAAGGAGGUCGUACGCGUCCGCCCUUUGGAUAUCCAAGUGUUUACCUACUUCCGGUAACGGCGGAAGUUCCAGGAUUUCGAGGACGUGAAUCCCAACUCGGAAACGACACGUUUUGUACAUAAUAAUAAUUAUAUGUGUGUGUGUGUGUGAAUAAUAUAAUUUUAUAAACGAAUAAAAUUGACACAAACAGAAGACAUGCGUAGGGGAAAAAAAGAUGAACAAGACUAAUAAUUAUAUAUAUAUAUAUAAAUAUAAAUAAAGUUAUAAUUACCAGUAAUCUUAGGUAGGCGUUCUUAGCGGUUGCCCGUUAACGUUUUUUUUUUUU